CCUGAGAUUUUAUGUGAGCAUGCUUGUGUGCAUGUGUGCGGAUGUUCAGAUGUUCAGAUGUUCAUGCGUGUCAUUUUUGGUCGUGGAGGGACAACAAUUAUGUGACUUGGCAAUGGAGGACGUUCACCAGAACAGCACUAAUGGCACUGAGUCACAAACUGUUACCAUCCCUACAACUAUUACAGCUUCUCAGUUAUCACAAUUACAACAGAUGUCUCUGGGAGGUUCUCCAGUCACUGUGUUGCAGCUGCCUAGUGGUCAAAUUCAGGUUCAAGGAGUGAUCCAAUCUGCCCAGUCAUCAGUUAUUCAGUCACCACCAGCACAACCACAGGGUCAUCGGUCUGACAGUGAAGAUUCUCAGGACUCAACAGACAGUGGAGCUUCUAACCAGAAAACAAGGGAAAUUCUGGCCAGGCGCCCAUCUUACAGGAAGAUUUUAAAUGACCUCUCAGGUGAAGAGGUUGUGAGUCGUAAUGAAGGAGAAGAGGAGACUUCUGCUUCGUCUGCUAUGACAACAGUGUCUCUCCCCACACCAAUCUAUCAGACUAGCAGCGGACAGUACAUUGCGAUUGCAUCAAACGGCUCUCUGCAGUUGGCUAGUGCUGCUGCUGAGGGUGUACAGGGCCUGCAGACACUCACUAUGACCAAUUCCAACCCUAGCCAGCCUACUAUACUACAGUAUGCACAGACUGCUGAUGGACAACAGAUAUUGCUUCCCAGCAACCAGGUGGUGCUACAAGGUGCAGGGGGUGAAAUGCAGGCCUAUCAGAUUCGCUCAUCAUCUUCAGCGCUGCCUCAGACCGUAGUCAUGACGUCACCGGUCAUUAGCUCUCAGGGCAAGUCGGACGACCCUCAGUUAAAGCGAGAGAUCCGCCUAGCUAAAAACAGGGAGGCAGCUCGUGAGUGUCGCAGAAAGAAAAAGGAGUAUGUGAAGUGCUUGGAGAACCGUGUGGCUGUGCUGGAGAAUCAAAAUAAAACGCUGAUCGAGGAGCUCAAGACGUUAAAGGACCUUUACUGCGUCAAAACGGGCUAGCACAGCUGCACCGAGACAGUGCUAAGCGGACAGUACUUGCAGCUCUGCCUAUACACACACACAUAAACACACAAUUCUGGGCCACAAGGAAUUGGACAAUUCCUUGUUUUUAUACUACUCAUUUUUAACUAACAUCUUAGGAUUGGCAGGCCAAAGAGAGAAACGAAAUACGUGUUUAUGGAUGUGGAGGAAUGAAUUGUGUAUUCUUUUUCCUUUACAUGUUUUUAAUAACAAGAUGAGCAGAUGUGUAUAUUUGUGUAUGUAACGUGUGUGUGUGUGUGUGUGUGUGUGUGUGUGUGUGUCUAUGUAUGUAUGGAUGCACACCAACACCGGGAAUGUUUGCUUUACCAGUGACCUGUUCAUUUACCAGGGAAUAUCUGUGUUUUUGUUUUUCCAGAAGUGCUUGCUGAAACAAUAAAAAAGAAAAAGAAAAAUAGAAAUAAAAAAAUAGUGCAGAUAAGCACCUGCCAUUUAUACCCUGCCUCUCAGAUGCAGCUGAACUAUUUUUGAAUAUUGUGAAAUGAUUGUGUUUUUCAUGGAGUCGUUUUCUUUCUUUUUGAUUAUUUACUUUCCUUCCCCAUUUGACCAAAUGUUCCAGUAUUCUUAUCAUGCUCAAAUUUAUCAUAAUGGGUUCAAGGGAAUGGUUGACAACACAGCAGGGAAUCAAGAAACUGACAAGCAGAGCAUCAUCUAAAAUGUGUAGGAUUUUGUCAGUUAUGAUAAAAACUUAAAUAGCUUUGUUUUCAUUAAUCUAUUUCUAAUUUUGAUAUGUUCUUGUCAUUGUGUUUUUUUUAAGAUUUUCAUCAAGCCCAGUGUGGGACUGAAAAGAUUUUUAACAAAGAAUCUUAAAUCAGUUCAGAUCUUUGCUUAGUGUGUCUGAGGAAAUACUCCUUAAAACAAAUUCUAUAUUUAAAAAAAAAAGCACCAGAAGUCCACUGCUGGCUUUUGAAUUGUGUUCGAAAUUUACUUAAGAACUUGAUUGGAUUCAUUGGAAACAUUAAAAUGACUAAUUACAUUUAUAGCGGUUGCUUCUUGUUUUAGAGCCGAUUUCCAGUCACAUCAACCUUAGAAAACAGAAAAAAAUGCUAUCAUGUAUCUCUGUAUUGUUCCCAACACGACAGAUUCACUGCCCAGAUGGUAAAAGAUGAUUAAGCUGACUCUUGACACAGCAGUGAUUUGACUGUGGAAUUGAACAACUCAAUACUUGUUUACUCUUACAAAGUGCACCUUUGAAGCAGGGGUAAAGCCCAGGGCUGGGAGGGUUUUUUUUUUGUUUAUUUCUUUUGGCUAAAGCUGUUACUGGGACAGUUGAAUCAGGGAGCACACCUGCACUUGAAAAUGCAGGUGACAUUGUUUAAGAAAAAGGAAAAAAUGAAAUCAAUUGUUAUUAAGUAAAUCUAAAUAAAUAUUUUUCCAACCUCUGUA